UGACAAUACUAAGUAUAUAAUUUAGCAAUUCAUUUUUGAAAUUAAUAAACAGAAAUGAACAUAAAAAAUGUCUAAUAAUGACUGUGGAAUUUUAAUUAAUGGCAAUCAUACCGAUAUCGCCCUCAAAGUUUACAAAAACCGCUUGUUUAUCAUCGUAACACAAUUUAAAAAAUUUGGAUCUAUGGUAACAGUGACACGUGAAUCAUCUCUGAAUCAAUUCAAUAGCGACACUUAUUCUACUCACGUAAUAUUUGGCAAAGAUACUGAAGAAGUUCAUGCAGCUGUUCGCUAUAUAGCUGAAGCUAUUAAUAUUGACAGGCCAUUACUGCUGUCAAUUGCUCUGAAAGAUCACGACUUGAGUACACUGAAGACUAUAGUUGCUACUAUUAACAAAUUAAAAGCUUGGUAACUGUAAUUAUUUUUAUUAUUGUCAAUAAUGUCUUUAAUAUUCGGACAAUUGGUCAUCGGACCACCCGGAAGCGGGAAGACAACUUACUGCAAUGCGAUGUGUAAUUUUUUGGAAAAAAUGGGAAGGAAAGUUGCUGUCAUAAAUAUUGAUCCAGCAAAUGAUAACAUGGAGUACAAGACAGCAGUGGAUAUUGCGGACUUAAUAAAACUGGACGAUGUUAUGAAUAAAUAUCAGCUUGGACCUAAUGGUGGAUUGAUGUAUUGCAUGGAAUUUUUGGAAGCUAAUGUCAAUUGGUUGAUUGAAAAAAUUCUUAAUUUAAAAGAUUAUUAUCUUAUCUUUGAUUGUCCGGGCCAAAUUGAAUUGUACACUCAUCAUAAAUCAGUAGCUGCGAUUGCCGAAAAAUUGAACCAAAAUUUAGUGCGUCUGUGUAGUGUUUAUUUAAUUGAUUCUCAUCACUGCAGUGAUCCAGGUAAAUAUUUAUCUUCACUAGUUGUUUGCACAAGUACGAUGCUACAAUUAGGACUACCUCACGUUAAUGUUAUGACCAAAUUGGAUCAACUAAAAAAAUACGAAGACAGACUGGCGUUUAAUAUUGACUUUUAUACCGAAGUAUUGGAUUUGAAUUAUUUACUGGAUAAACUCGAUGAGGAUCCAUCGACAGCCAAAUACAAAAAAUUAAAUGGAGCACUGGUAUCAUUAGUCGAAGAUUACAGUCUUGUAAGUUUUUUACCACUAGAUGUUGCUAAUCAGAAUCUCCUUCUGCAAGUUAAGAAUGCGAUUGAUAAAGCCAAUGGUUACAUUUUCGGUGGUAAUGAGCCACAAGAUGUACAAACGUUACUUGCUUGCGCUGUGGGAGCUGUUGAUGAAAAUGAAAAAAUGUCAACACUCGAAGCUUAUCUUCCGUAAUAAAAUUAUCAUGUAAUUUUAAUUAAAUAAUUACUGUACAAUCUAAUUUUAAAAUAAUAAUUAAUACUUAUAUGUUUUAUAAUAAAGCUAAUAAAAAUA